AUGAUUGGCAGUUUCCGUUGGACGGUCGCUGAUUGGCAGUUUUCCAUCACAGUGGCAUGGGCCGAAAAUCGAAUUUUUGUCGCACCAUAUGGUCUGGACGCAUCAACCCAGCGGCAGCCAUCAGUCACCUUACAAUCAAAUAUUGAAGGUACAUCGGUUAUUGCAGUGCAAAAUGACUGGAAAAGGACGCUGAAAAGUAUUACGUGCGUAGUUGCCCCUCUGCGACGUCCUGCACCGGGCCAGCGAGUGCCGGAGGGGAUUAGCCGACGCCUGAGCACGGCACGCUGGAGCCGCACGCCACCACAGCACGGUGCCGACCGCUGCCAGUUCCGCUUUGUCCCCGGAGGGCUCACACGAACGAGAUUGCCCCAUCGAGAUCUGGUAACGCUCGCGGCGGUCGCCCACCGAAAUACAAUGAAGGGCUCCAGCAGCAGCAGCGUGCAAACGCUCAUCGAUCAGUUCGAACUCAUGGCUCAGGCUAACGCAGAGCCGGCCGCUCCGCGCUCGUGGUCCGUAGCCGGAUCCAAGAGGACUGCACUUCCACCGCAGCCAACGUCAGAUAACUCCCCGAUCAAGGAGAUCAUUUACCGCCUGAAUACGCAGCGCGCUCGUGCCCGGUCGGAUCCCGUACAGAUCGUGUGCAAGCCAGAGGAGACCCACGAGGUUGCCGAGCCUGCCGAAGAGCAGUCGCCAGAGGAGGAAGCAGAGAGCAAACCAGAGACCCCAAUCAAGCCAGUCGUCUACAAGAGCCUUACCGUUAAGACCCUGCAGUCCGACGACGAGGAUGACGCCAAGACCCUCAACUCGUACGAUGGCGAAAGCGAUGCGGACUCAACGGCGACCAUCAAGUCCACGCGCUACUCGAUCGUACCUAGCAGCCCGUCCUCGUUCUCCACGGCUUCUACAGGCUCCCUCGACUCGCUCCUUAGCUCGCUGGACAUGUUCCUCCCCGAGUUCCUACAGGCAUCAGGUGAGACCAGUUCAGAGACGUCGAAGAUUGUCAAGCCCGCCGUCUAUCGCUCAAGACGCUCCUCUCUGCCGGAAAACCCGCAGUCGAAAACGACCUCCAAGCUGAUCCCACCGACUGCAUACCGACGAGCGUCGCUCACCGGGAAGUCAUCUUCGUCAACGAAGGAGACCGGAAUACUUGCAGCCCCCAAACCGCGUCGCUCCUCUCUCUACACGGCUAAAAACCCGGUACCAGUUGCCUCGACGCCCGCAAGGCCUCGUCGCGCCUCGCUCUCAGCCACGAUGGUGCCACCUGCCGUCAAGUCAGCGCGCCGUUUCUCGGAAUCAGCCCGCGGAGCUCAGCCCGUGGAUACGUCUCCACGUGCGAGGACACGCUCGAACUCGACGUCUGUGCCUCGGUAUAUGGACUACGACAGCUCGCCACGUUUUGCAGCCACAAAGGCCCGGAACCUGGAGCGCCGCCGUCAGCUGGAAGAGUGCAACCGCAACCUGGCCGCCGACAAGGGCAAGCAAACACACACCACAAGCAAAACCCCUCGGAGGCCGCGCACGCCGGAGUGGCAGGGCCGCCUUGACCAGGUUCGCUCACGUUUGUUCGACUCAAAGGAGGACAACAAGUCGCGCGCACCCAAAGCGACAUCAACUCGAAGGCACUCGACCUCCAGUCGCGUCUAA